AAGAUGACGUGUGGUCGCGGUGAUUCUACUGGCAUGCCGGGCGCGUUGUAGUUAGGGACGGUGAAAGCGCUGUUCGGGUAUCUGCAAUCUAAACCUGAGUCCUCCGUGAAGCACAAGCCGAGGGGACGCCGUUAAUACGCCACACAGCCGCAGACAUGGCGGAUCCGGAGGUGAACCCCAAGGCCUACCCUCUUGCCGAUGCUACCUUGACGAAAACAAUUCUGGAUCUUGUACAGCAAGCGUCCAAUUAUAAACAGCUUAGGAAGGGGGCGAAUGAGGCCACUAAAACCCUGAACCGCGGCAUCGCGGAGUUCAUUGUGAUGGCCGCGGACGCUGAGCCUCUGGAGAUCAUACUCCACCUCCCAUUACUGUGCGAGGAUAAGAAUGUGCCGUACGUGUUCGUCCGAUCCAAGCAAGCACUGGGCCGUGCAUGUGGUGUGUCCAGGCCCGUCAUCGCCACGUCGGUCACCGUCAAGGAGGGAUCCCAGCUCAAACCACAGAUCCAGUCCGUGCAGAUGGCGAUCGAGAGGCUACUUGUCUGAUGGCUCCGGUGGCUUGCUGGUGCUUGACAUGUUUAUGGAACUGUCUUAGUUGAUACUGUGCUGCAGCUUCAUUUGAAGGGAUUUUAGAUUAGGGGUCAUACCUUAAAUAGUGGUAUGAAACUAGUCAUUAAUUGUAGAUUUUUAUUUUUCCUUAGUAAGGGCCAUUCUUGUUUUGGUGAGUUUUUCUAUGGCUCAAAACUUUGUCCUGUCCUUUUAUUUACUUUGUACGAUUAUGCAUAUAUGACAGAAACAGUAUCGAUUUGGUAUGGGUGAAACCCAUGCCCUUUGUAAUAAAUUGAACCUCUGCAGAA